CUCAGCCUCAGUCUAGUUUUUGGUAAUCAUGCGCUCCAUUGCCUUUGCCAUUGUGAUCUUUGCCGGUAUCCUGGCCUGCAGCAGUGCAGCUCCCCAACUGAAUCGCUUCGAUUUGGGUUGGCUGGAUGCGAUCCUCAGGGAGGCGGGUCAAAGGAACAACACGGUGCGAUUCGGCAAUAACACGAUUAUCGUCUCGGGCGUUUCCAAUGCCGUUGCUAGUGCCAAUGAUGGAACCAUCAACCCAAAACCACCAGCGAACCAAUGGAAUAACCAGGGAUUUAACCCAUGGAACAACUACAGGUAUCCUUAUUACAACGGCUACUACUAUCGCGCCUCACCCACUGAGGAUGGUGUAGAGAUUGUGGAGGUGCCAGUGUCCAGCAGCGAAGAGUCCCAAGAGACGGCCUACGAUAUCAGUGACGACCAGUCCGAGGAGGAUGUUUACCAUCAGGAGGAUCAAACUGCAGAAGACGAGGAGGAUGAGGAAAUGGAUGAGGCUGAGGAGGAGAUGGACGAAGAACCUGAGGAUGCUGAAGAUGCUACCAACGAGCAGCCUGAGGAGGUUGAGGAUGAGGUGAUUGAUCCCGAGGAGGAGGCUGUUGAUGCCGAGUUGGAGGUCAUUGAAAAGGAGCUGAACGACGAGGAAAGCAAUUAAAUUGUUUGAAAUAUUCACGUAACCAACUCAAAAAUGCAAUAGAAUAUUUAUAAAUCAACAAAAAAAUAGCAAAAUCUAAAAAAUUAUCAUCAAGCAACAACCUGUUAUAAAACAUUAACUUCAUUUCAUAUUUUUGGGAUUAUCCAUAAAUAAAAAACGUAUA